UGGGGUUCUGUAACAUGAACUCAGUGCGUCUUGGGGAAUCGUGUGAAGGAGAGGCACUGACUAUAAUGUUAAGGACAAACCUGAAGGGUGAAAGGAGCUGCAGUUUGAACAGGAUGUUGGCCUGGACGGUACUAAGUCUGCUUAUAAUUCAAAUGCCAAGUGUCUUAACUUUUCCAAAAGGAUAUACUCUAAUCAAUGAAGACUGUCCAGGGGCUGAGUGGAAUAUCAUGUGUCGAGAUUGUUGUGAAACAGAUCAGAUUGAGUGUGUUUGUCCUGGGAAGGAUGAGGUUGUGGGAUAUUCUGUCCCAUGCUGCCGGAAUGAGGAAGACGAAUGCGACUCUUGUCUGAUACACCCAGGCUGCAUCAUCUUUGACAACUGUAAGGGAUGUAACAACGGUUCAUGGGGAACCUUGGACGAUUUCUACAUCAAAGGGCUUUAUUGCUCAGAGUGCCAUGCUGGCUGGUCAGGGGGAGACUGUAUGAAAUGUGGGGAUGUUAUAAAUGCUUCAAGAGGGCAGAUUGUUCUGGAAGGAUACCCCAGUAACUCUCACUGUGAAUGGACAGUGUCAGUGAAUUCCAGUUUUGCUAUUGAAUUACGAUUCUCCAUGCUGAGUCUGGAGUUCGAUUACAUGUGUCAAUAUGAUUAUGUGGAAAUCCGUGAUGGCGAUAACAUUGACUCCAGGGUUGUUGGAAAAUUCUGUGGAAAUGAAAGGCCUCCCCCAAUCAGGACUACUGGGAGUUCGUUACAUAUUUUAUUUGUAUCUGAUGGGUAUAAAAGCUUUGAUGGAUUUUUUGCUACAUUUGAGGAAGUUGACGUGUGCUCCUCAUCCCCUUGCUUACAUGACGGACUGUGUGUCCAGCUCGGUCCAGCUUACUAUAAGUGUGCCUGUCUAGCUGGGUAUACAGGCAAAUGGUGUGAAAACAUGGUGAUAUGUAGGAAUCCCAUGGCUCCAGUCAAUGGUACAGUGGAAGGAAACGAUUUCCGGUUUGGUUCCCAUAUCUACUACAGCUGUGAUGCAGAUUUCCAGCUUGUUGGAAGUAACGUUGCCACUUGCCAGCUGGAUGGGAACUGGAGCAUGAGUACACCGCAGUGUGAAAGUAAGAGCUGUCCUGACCCUGGUGUGCCACAGAAUGGGCAACAAAAAAUUCUCCCAAGAAGCAGAAAAGUAAAGACAGGCUAUGCAACCAUUGGCACCAUUGUGCAGUUCACCUGCAGUGAUUCAUUUAUUCUGAGUGGUAGUGCGCAAAGAAGAUGUCAACAGGAUGGAACGUGGACGGGGAAGCAACCGACUUGUACAAAAGGGAACAAGACCUGUCCUGACCCUGGUGUCCCACUAAAUGGUCAUCGAAGAAUUCUUCCAAGAAGUGGCCGCAUAAACCAGGGCUAUGCAACUGUGGGUACCAUCCUGCAGUUCACUUGCGACUAUUUGUUUCUUUUGAGUGGAAGUGCACAAAGAACUUGCCAGGAGGAUGGAAUGUGGACAGAGAAGCAACCAAUCUGCACAAAAGUGAAUAUCAACUGUACUGACCCUGGUGCACCAGUAAAAGGUCAACAAAAAAUUCUCCCGGGAAGUGGGGAGAUAAGCCAGGGUUAUGCGACUGUGGGCACCACUGUGCGGUUCACCUGCAGUUAUUCGUUUGUCUUGAGCGGGAGUGCACGGAGAACAUGUCAACAGGAUGGAACAUGGACAGAGAAGCAGCCUACCUGUAUAAAAGCUUGCAAGCAACCUAAGCUCCCUAACCUGGUGAAACAGAAAGUUCUGUCAAUGCAACUUCAGACUAGGAAGACUCCACUGCAUAGACUGUUUGCUGCUAUACAAGACAAGGAACAAUCCCAAAUUUCUCCCACUAAAAUCCCAGUGCAUCAUAUCGGGAAUCUUCCAGCAGGUUUCUAUCAUCCCCACACACAGCUGGAAUAUGAAUGUAUCUCCCCCUUCUAUAGGCGUCUUGGAAGCAAGAAAAGGACAUGUCUUAAAACAGGAAAAUGGAGUGGACGAUCACCAACAUGCAUUCCAAUUUGUGGAAAACUUGGCAACUUCAGCCUGCAGAAUCUGCCCUCGAUGGCAUGGGCAUGGCAGGCUGCACUUUACCAUAAGACGGCACGCACCAGCAAUGAGAUUGUCAGGCAGCAAGCAUGGUUCCUGGCUUGCAGUGGGGCACUCCUGAAUGAACGGAACAUUGUGAUUGCCGCCCACUGUGUGACGGAGCUGGGGAAGGUGGUGAUGAUCAGCGCAGCUGAUAUGAUGGUGGUCCUGGGAAAGCAUUACCAUGAGGAAGACCGGCAAGAGAAGAGCCGACAAUAUCUGCAAAUUGCUGCAAUUAUUGUGCAUCCCUCCUAUGAUCCAGUGCUGCUAGAUUCAGAUAUUGCAAUCAUCAAACUAAUGGACAAGGCAAAAAUCACCGACCAGGUACAGCCUAUAUGUCUCCCUGAUGUAAAAGAUCUAUCGACCAUGAAUACACAGGGGUAUGUCACUGGGUGGAGAAUGCAGCAUGAUGCCAAUGACUUAGCUCAUACAAAUGACACAAUCCGUGUGGGUACCAUUGAAAUAGGUGAUUCUGUCCAGUGCGAGCAGCAGUAUGAAGUUCAUGGGAUCUCUGUCAGCAUCACUGAGAACAUGUUCUGUGCCCGUCAGGAUCUGAAUGGAUUCUCAAACAUUUGCCCAUUGGAGACAGGUGGCGUGGCGACUUUCCCUGCUCCAGACAGGGCGGGCUCUGCUCUCACUUGGUACCUGGUAGGCUUGGUGAGCUGGGGCUAUGAGAAUGGAUGCAGCCAAGAACUUUUCACUGUCUACACAAAUGUAACUCCAUUCAAAGAUUGGAUUGAAAAGCACCUGAAAUAAAGCUCUUUCCAUGAUCCAGCACCUCAUAAAUUCUACAGAAACAGUGGCGUUUGGUUUCAAGUUUGCAUCGUCUGAACUAUUUAAUAUGUUUACAGAUAACCAGUAUUUACAAUGUAACUUUAAUCACUUAGCACAGAUCAUCCUUCUUUUCAAACAACUGAAUUAAUGGUACAGACUGUUUCUAAGGAGAUGCAAAGCUAGGCUGCCAAAUACAAUGAUUUCCUAAUUCCAUUGCAGGAAUCCAGUUUGCUUUCCUCCCUUACCCCAAGUCAAGGUUACUCCUCCCCCACUUCAGGGAUAAAGUUCAUUUCCACAUUCCCCAACCCAGGGAUCAAAGGUACUCCCUCUUCUGGAAUCAAUUUCACUUCCCUUUCCCACAUCCCCCUCCCCCCAGUAGGAUCAAAUUUACUAUUAAAAUGGCCGCAACAUAAUUGGGUGCUAACCAGUGUUUUAGAAAUAUCUAGCAUAACUUUUUUCCCCUUAUUUUCAAUACCUUUACAGAUGUCUUAAAGCCCAAAAUUGUGUAUUUAUUUUUUUUUUAAAGCCACAGCCUGUCCUCCCAAAUUCAAAGAUUUGUGUCUAAGACCCCUCAGUUCUUUUUAUUCCUUAAACUCUUAAAGUUGAACCAUUUAUUUCAUAUUGACUCUUCUAAUAUUUUUCCAUAGGUCAUUUUUGUGCAUUAACUUUAAUCUAUCCUGUGACUUUAUAGACUGCCCAUAUCUUCCCUGUGGUCUGUUUAUCACACUUCACUACUUAAUCCAUUUCUGUUUUUUGAGUCAUCUGUAAACUUUAAACUUCUAGUAAGUGUCUUGAAAAAAACAUGUGACUUGAUCAAUUUGCGAAAUACUUUAUUUAAUGAAUAUUUUUGAGGUGUAGAUGACUUUGAGUAACACUACUAUAACCUGUUUCAACUUCAGGAACCUGUAAAAUCUUUCACAGCUAACAAACUGGAGUUGUAAUCACUGGUUUAAAGUAGCCUAAAUAGCAAAGAAGUUACACACAAAGAUCUUGCCAGGAUCAAUGAGUUGAAUAAUCAAAUAAAAUGUUUAGUAGAUGUUAUGGUUGAUAUAAAUAUUUCUCAGGUCACCUGGAAAACUUUUACACACACCAAAACGCAGACAGGGUCUUAGUUUAAUGACUCAUCCAAAACAUGGGAUCUCCAACAGUAUAGCACUCUUUCACUGCGUGCGAGUCUAGAUCAUGUGCUCAAGUCUACAAAUUUCUAACGCGAGGCAAAUUCCAACAAGAUAAGCUUGGGUUCUUCAGAUUAAACAAAACAUGGUGAAUUGCAUAUGAUAUAGAGCGGAGAAGUGAAUGUAAACCCAAAAUAAUACUUUGCUAUAGGACAGGACAGGGAACCAUAUGUUCCCAGUUUUAAAGGACAAAUUUAUGACUGGUGGAGGAGUUAUUGAUUUAGGGGGUGAACAACAUCUGGAACGGUUUAGCAGGAAUAGCAGUUGAUGCCAGAAAAUUAACUCACUUAUAGAUGAUCCCGGAAAUCUGAAACAUGAACAGAAAAUGCUGGAAAUGUGCAAGAAGUUUAAAGGAUCUGUUACUGAAACAUUCAGCUACCUUCUCUCCAGGUUUAUUGUUUAUAAUAGUGUUCUCAAGAAUUUAUGCUUUUUUUUGUUUAACAAUAAAAUAUUUUCUGUACUGGGGAGAUAAUGGUAAAUAAAUGAAGUGACUCUA